GAGCGCACGGCCUCUUAUUAGUAGCACGCAGGCGGCGCGUUCCCGUCAUUGUCAGCCACGCUGGGUAGGGAGCGCUGUGUGUGAGCAGUGAGACGCUCGAUCCGCUAAAAAUAAAUAAAUAAAACGUACGUCCGUAGCAGAACAAAAUGUCCGGCUCUGAAGGUGGUGAUGGCUACGUUGUCAAGAUCCGCGGCCUACCGUGGUCCUGUUCUCAGGGGGAGAUCGAGAACUUUUUUACUGAGUCCAAAAUAUUAAAUGGCUCUCUUGGGGUUCAUUUCAUCUACACAAGAGAGGGUCGGCCUAGCGGUGAGGCUUUUGUAGAAUUUGAAACGGAGGAUGAUCUAAAACUGGCUUUGAAGAAAGACCGAGAGACCAUGGGGCACAGAUAUGUGGAAGUAUUUAAAUCAAACAAUGUUGAAAUGGAUUGGGUUCUGAAGCACACCGGCCCCAACAGCCCUGACACAGCCAAUGAUGGCUUUGUUCGACUUAGAGGUCUUCCAUUUGGAUGUAGCAAGGAAGAAAUUGUACAGUUCUUCUCAGGGUUGGAAAUCGUGCCAAAUGGGAUAACAUUGCCGGUGGACUUCCAGGGGAGGAGUACGGGGGAGGCCUUCGUGCAGUUUGCUUCACAGGAAAUAGCUGAAAAGGCUCUAAAGAAACACAAGGAGAGAAUAGGGCACAGGUACAUAGAAAUUUUUAAGAGCAGUCGAGCAGAAGUUCGGACACACUAUGACCCUCCCAGGAAACUUUUUGGCAUGCAACGUCCAGGCCCCUAUGACAGACCUGGUGCAGGAAGAGGGUAUAAUAACCUAGGCAGAGGAUUUGACAGGAUGCGACGAGGAGCCUAUGGAGGAGGAUACGGUGGAUAUGAUGAAUACAAUGGCUACAGUGAAUAUGCUUUUGGCACAGACCAGAGAUUUGGCAGAGCAGAUCAUAGAUACGGUGAUGGAACAAGCUUCCAGAGUACAACUGGUCAUUGUGUACACAUGAGAGGUCUUCCCUACAGAGCAACAGAAACGGAUAUUUAUACUUUUUUCUCUCCAUUGAAUCCUGUGAGAGUUCAUAUUGAAAUUGGUGCUGAUGGAAGAGUUACUGGGGAAGCAGAUGUUGAAUUUGCAACCCAUGAGGAUGCUGUAGCCGCAAUGUCAAAAGACAAGGCAAAUAUGCAGCACAGAUACGUGGAACUCUUUCUCAAUUCUACAGCAGGAGGUUCUAGCAGUGCAUAUAGUAGCCAGAUGAUAGGUGGACUUGCACCUGGUACUCAGACAAGUUAUGGAAGCCCUGGCACACAAGCUUUGAGCGGUAGUUAUGGAGCAGGAUAUGGAAGUCAAACCAGUUUAAGUGGCUACGGAAGUCAGAGUGGAUUAAACAGCAGCUAUUAUAGCAGUGGAACGCGAGGCUCAUUGGGAGUAAACGGGAUGGCUGGAAUGUCGAGCAGUAUGAGCAUGAGUGGUGCCUGGGGAAUGUAAAAUAUUUUUAUUGAUUUUUUUUUUUUCGAAUCCAUGCUUUUAACUUUCAUUAUUUGUAAGACACAACUGAGCUGUUUUUUGCAUUAACUUGUAAUUUAUGGUUACUGUGAGAUGGUAUUUUUUAAAAAAAAUCAUACUUCAGUGUUCAGAUACCUUAGAAAUUAUCUGAAGGUGUGUAGCUAAAGCAGAGCAGCUCAAGUUUUUUUUUUUAAUUUUAUUUUUGUAGAAGUAUACAAACGAAGUAUUGGCAAGUCUAUCAUUUUGUUGUAUCACAUACUGUAAAUUGUUCUAAAGGUGUGUUGAAACAUGCCUCUUUGUAACAUAUUGCCCUCUUUUCAUUUUGAAUUCUGUAUUUUUUUUUUUAUAUAUAGAUAGUUUUGAGCUGGAAAUAUAACGGAGUCUUAGCAUUUGUCAUUCUAAGACUUUUUUGUAAUUUCUUUAGAUGUUGCUCAAUGUUCUUCAUU